AAUCAUUCUAAAACUAACUGUCGCCAGCAGAACAGCUCGGAGACGUGACAAAAAUAUUUAUAUUUUUUAUAAAAAAGGAUAUCCGAAAAAAGAUCGAGGCCGCUUGGAAGUAAAAGUCAAAUCAUCAAUAAACAUAUAUAUUUUUCUACCGGACAGCAUAACAAAUAAUAAAUUAGAGGACUGGAUUCUAAACCAGGCAAAAAGUAACUGAAAAUCACCAAUCAAAGCAAGUUUGAAAUAAAUGAACGACCACCAGGAAUAAUCAGGCAACAUUUUUGUUUUUCCAAAAAGAACUCAUUGAUAAUAAUAAGAUGCUGCGACUUCCAGCUGUUUGUGUUCAGCAGCUGCGCUUCAACCAACUUAUUACCGAUCCCAUGCCGCAGAGCUCUUUGCCCGUGUCGCCCAAGGACAUACGUCCUCGUGGGCCAGUUGUCGAGACGUAUGAGGGCAAGCAAGAAAACCCAGACGAUGCCGUGCUGCCGAUGCCUCCUCACAAACUCCCCCUGGACCUAAUGGGGGAUUUGGCUAAGCUUGGGCAAAACAUGCUGAAUCUGAAGGAGAUAAUACAGGAAAAGAAGGUCGAUUUCAAAGAGGCACUGAUCAUGGGAAAGGAUAACUUCAAAGAAGAGUGUCAGAAGCUAAAAGAAUCUAUAACUAAGCAAAAGGAGAGUGAGAUUCUCAAAUUGCAGAAUGGCAUUAAGAAAGCCACUGAUUUAUUGAAACGUCGUUUCUAAUCAAUUUGUUUCCCCACACAAUCUACACAACAAAUUAUGUUCUUGCUUAUUGCAGCCAAUCGGAUUGCCACCAAACCAAAUAAAAUUCAAAAAUAGGGUAAAAGUUAAAUAAA